CUCUCUCUCUCUCUCUCUCUCUCUCUCUCUCUCUCUACACACCACAAAAAUGGCGACGAUCUCCUCGUUAUUCUCCUCGACGCUCUUCGGAAACCCUAACGACCCCCGCCGCAUCAUCCGCACUCCCGACCUCUCCCCCUACCGUGCCCUCGGAGCCCCAUGGAGCCCCCGAAUCCUAGGUCCCUCUUUCUCCGUCGCAAACCCUAGGAGUACCAGAAGCAAAACCCUACUCGCCUCCGCCGCGGUGGCGGCGGAGGCGGAGACGGUGGCGGCGGGGGCGCGGCGGCUCUACGUGGGCAACAUCCCCAGGACGGUCACCAGCGAGGAGCUCGCGAGCAUUUUCGGGGAGCACGGAUCCGUAGAGAAAGCCGAGGUUAUGUACGACAAGUACUCUGGUAGGAGUCGGCGCUUUGCGUUUGUCACUAUGAGUUCAGUAGAAGAUGCAAAUGCUGCUAUCGAGAAGCUUAACGACACUGAGAUUGGUGGUAGGAAAAUUAAAGUUAAUGUGACGGAAAAGCCGUUGGCGACUGUUGAUCUCUCCCUUCUCCAAGUUGAAGAAUCUACAUUUAUUGAUAGCCCGCACAAGGUUUAUGUCGGUAAUUUGGCAAAGACGGUAACCUCAGAACUACUUACCAAGUUCUUUUCUGAGAAGGGAAAGGUUGUCAGUGCAAAGGUCUCUCGAGUUCCAGGAACCUCGAAAUCCAGCGGCUUUGGCUUCGUCACAUUUUCUUCUGAUGAAGAUGUCGAAGCAGCUAUAUCUUCCUUCAAUAAUGCUGUGUUGGAAGGGCAAAAAAUCCGUGUCAAUAAAGCAUAGAGAGAAUGUUAGAUGAACACUUCGAAAGAUCGGACCCAUUGGAGCCUCCUAAAAGCUGAGCAAGUGAUUGAGCAAUGCAAAGGUGAUAUGUUUCCAUGGUAGAAGAGCCUUUUUUUUUGUGUGUGUGUUUAGUGAAUCCUUUCCGGUGGAUGUUUGUUGUAGUACCUCACAAAAUUUUGAAUGCAAAUACCAUCACCUGUUAUUUUGCUUAAAAAA